GGCAUUGCCAUGAUGCCUCGCCAUGGGACCUGCGGGCGAUGGCUUCGACCCUGAGUGUGCCAUCGAACGGGAUGCGUCGCGCCUGCCCUCCGUCCCCGCGCUUUCCUCGUCGCCAACGGCCUACCCUGGAUGCUGCCUCGCCCUGAGCGCACCCCUCCUCCAGCGUCUCUGCUCCCUCCUGCCGCCGACCCCGAGCCUCACCCUCUCAAUCGGGAGCGGCGCCGGCCUCCUCGAAGCUCUCCUCCUCGAGCACCAUGCGCUCAACCUCAUCGGCGUCGAUGUCCACCCCACCCCGAAUCGCUACCUGCCCUGCACCCACCACCGCACCGUGCCCGGCACCCGCUUCCUCGAGCCUCUCGCCGCCAACGCCCCAGCAUGGCUGUUUGUAUAUCCAAGGCGCGUGGCGCUGGUGGAGGAGUACCUGGACGCCUACGGGAAGGGCAGCGUAGAGAGGGUCGUCUGGAUUGGGCCGCGCGCUGACUGGGAUGACUACAAAGGCUGCUUUGGGCGAGGAUGGCAUGUGCGGCUGGAGAGCGCCGAUGAGCUUGGGGGAAGAGCCUGGGAGCUGGUUGCCGUCGCUCGCAGGAUGCACGCGUGACCGCCGUCUCCAGGCCUGCUCUCCCCGCAACGUACCUGCGCCGUCAGUGUCCACAACGGCCGGGUCAAGGUAGUACAAAGAGCUUCAUUGUCUUAGCCUUCCUAGCCUGCCUCCCUUUGUCUCCUCUACCGUCAAACGAUACCGUCAAACGAUCUAUUAUCGUCGCAGCUGGGCGGCGUCCUUUCACAGCUUCUUGCUAAACAAAGCCUUGUCUGAAAGGCUUGGCACUUUUUCUUUCACCCUUUCCAUGCCACUACAUAUGCUAGCAUCAGUCUCGCGGACUUUCCGCGCUCAAGACCAGAACAUCUACCCGACUCCGACUGCAUCGUGCU